AGGGACAGGUUUUGCGCCUCUCUCAUUACUACUAUAGAAUCACGUUAAACUCUUCUUUUCACUAUUUAUUCCCAUUUAAAUAGAAUUAUUUAGAAUAUUUGCGCGUAGUAAUAACUCAGUUGUUUUCAAUUUACAUCGUGUCUCACUCUGUAUUUGUAUAGAAAUAAGUAGACUGUUGGUUCUUUUUGUUAUUUGGGUAGAGCAGUGUAUUGAUCUUGAAGUUGCAAGCCACGUGUGAUAUCAUAUUUGCAACAGCGUUUCACUUUAUAACUCAACUCAACUGGAAAGUUUUACACUUUAAGCUUCAAUCGGUUGUUGUAAUUUGUGAUACUUAAUUAUUUCAUAACGGAAUAUAAAUUUAAACUGGUAAUUAAUGAGUAUAAAUUACCUACGGUUCUGAAAAUCGGGGAAAAAUAUAAUAGAAUCUCGUUUGUUAAAUAAUUUUGUUGUGCAUGUGGUUGUAAAUAUAUACAUAAUUUUGUAAUAUAGGUUUAUGCAACUCAAUUAAUUUAAGAUUUUAAAAAUAUUGCAUCUUCACAAACUAUGAUCCUUUGUCACAAAAUUGAUAUUUUUAUAUCUAUAAAUUUAUACGUAUACUUAAUUCUUGAGAGUGGAACUUAUUAAUAGCAAUGAGAGCUUUAGAAAGUAAUGAGAAGAUAUGUAACAUGUAUUGUAACAAAAAAUAAUAAUGAGAGGUGAGUUGAAUAUUUAAUUUUCUAAGACCGUGUAUAUCUCAGAAAUCAGAAAAGGGACCCAAUCAAAUCAGUAUUUAGGAUAACGAAACAAAUACGACUCAACAAUCAAUCAUUGUGCCUAAUACAUAAUUGUGCGUUGUUUUAUAAUGUGCGUGUGCUGCUCAUACAAUGAUGUAUAAAAUUGUAGCUUUUUAUAUAAAAUGACACUCCAAAGUGAAUGGUCAUAUCAUUACGACCAACUGCCUGAAGGUUUGACUUGUGAUCCCCUUACUAUAAUCAAAAAGGUGUCAACUUUAUGUGUUCAAUUUGCAAUAAAUCCAGGAAAUAAAUUGACCUCCCCAAAUCUCAACCCUUGGGGAACUUUCUACUAUAGUUACUGUACUACUAAAUAAUCCACAAGGUAAACUGAACUGACUCAACAGCAUGUGGACGGGUGACAUAGGAGUAACAUUUCUAAACUAUUCGAGCAAAUAUGGACAAAAAUCAUAGCUCUUGUGACAGAGGGUCAGCAAAAUCGUCUUCUGCUGAAGAACUUGAUCCCCGCAUUCACACGGAGCUCGAGAAGCUCAAUUCCUCCACUGACCAGAUAAACAAAGUAGAAAAGGAGUUGGAGGAGACAAAUGAGCAGUUCCGCAUUUUAUUGUCGGCACAUGCUGGUGGAUUAGAAAAAUUGAUGAAAAAAUUGGGAUCUUCCGUAAUAGACAAAGCGAGGCCGUUCUACGUCGCCAAAGAAGAGGCAGAAUCCCUUCAGAAAAAGUGUUUGGAAACAGCUGUUCAAUUCCAGCGAGCAAAUGAUAUUCACCGAGAAGCGAGAAAGUCAGUUCAGCUGGCAGAAGGCCGCUAUAACAAGGAAUCUCAUUUUGACGGAGCAUGUCAGGAAGUGCUCAACCAUUUGACAAGUAAUGUAAUGGAGGCUGAGAAACAAAAAUCGACACUCACCGAUACUCACAGAACUUUAUCAGAUAAAUUUUUUGAAGCAGAAAAGAAAGUUCACGAGCUAGAAAAACUACUGCACAAAGAAAUAGUGAGAACCAAGCCGUAUUUUAUUCAAAAAAACAGUCUCAACUCAACGUUGAACGAUUUGCGAUCCCGCACGAUGAAGCUCUACAAUGACAGAAGCCUAGCGAAGAGGGCCUACUCGGAUGCGUUGUACAACCUGGAGCGAAUAUCGGAGGAAAUUCAUAGGAUGAGAAACAGGACGCCCGGAGAAGGAGCCGAGGAGGAAGAAAAGCAGCAGCAUGAAGAACAAGCCCAAGACCAACAGCAACAACUUUCACUUGAAGACGAACCCAACCAGCAGCAAGUUGACGAAUGAUAGCAGAAUUUAUUUUAUUACGUGCGACGACAAUCAAUCAUAAUACCUCGGAAAGUUUGCAAUAAUAAAAUCCAUUGGGCAUUUUCAUCGCAACAA